GUCAGUCCCAUCAAAGGAACACAAAUUUAAAUUCUUCACCAUUUUACCUUAAUCAAGAUAGCCACAGCGAGGAACACUCAGAGCAAACAGUCUAUCUUGAAACUAUCCUAAAGAGGCCAGCAAGAAGUCCUCUCCAGAGUUAUAAUGCAAUGCCCCAGUCGGAACCAUCCUAUACUGAAUUAUACAUGGGUGCUGACAAGGAGCAGACGCAUUCUAAACCACCAGAAAAAGAGGCUUCCCACAGUCUAGUGGAAGGGAUACCGUGUACAAAAGACCCACCCCAACAGUUACCAGCCAUUCCUAAUCUUAAAAAGAAGUCUGCACCUAGCAGGGAUAAUAGUGCCUUCUCAAAAUUACUGCACAAGAGAACAACAUCUAUUCCCAAAAUCCAGACCAUCCAGCCCCACAAGACCCUGAGCACACCAUCGGUCUGGAGGAGAUCCUCCUCUGCAACAAGAAGCCAGGCGUUUGAUACGCUACAGAUGAGUCACGCCAAGAGCGGAGCACCAAAAGACAAUCUCAUGGUUGUACUCUCUUGGGCAGAUGUGGUGAGAUUAGGUACCAAAAAACCACAAGCACACGUUGUUAUAAAACAUGGUCUUGAGAGAAGGAUAACAAAAAAGCAGAGGAGAUUAACCCCGAAGAAGCCUGCAAACCACUCACAGAAUCACUUAGCAAACUCUCCCCGCACCCUAGUGAUUGGGAGAGCUCAUAUUGAAAAAGUGACUGUGCCUGUGUGGCCCUGUAGGAUGCUGAACAACUUUGUUUUCAACCCUAAGAUGGAUAUGAAUGAGGAUUUCGCAGGAUUAGCAGACAUGUUGGAAACCACUAUCAAACAGAAAACUGCAAACGUGUCUCCUGAGAUUGGCACAAAUUUACACAAAACAGCUAUAUGGCCAGAGCAUUAUAUGCGCCGUGCCCCGAAUGAAAUCGUUAAAACCCUAAAGAAGAUCUCUGAAAUUAGAUGUGGUGAAAUAACAAACAUUCCACUUCGAGAAGUCGAUGUAGACCCCAAAAUAUUAACACCCAAUAUUUCACCUUUGAAAAAAACCUGUACAUCAAAGGAAAAUGUAUCAAUGUCACAUCUCAGCAGAAUUAAAAAAACACCAGCACUAGAUCAAAAAGUCACAUACGUGGAAGAAACAUUUGAAACUGGAUAUGUAAAGAAGGCCACAUCAAAAAUAUCUAGGAAAUGUGUAAGUAUGGCAGAACAUCGUCCAGUAAUAACAUCAGCUACAGCUACACCUGUAACAUCAAAUGCGCAGGCCAACACUUUUAACGUCAAAGGAACUACCUCUUUAAAAAUAAAAUCAAAUAAAGAGCCAUCUGUCACUGAUCAGCCAAGAAUUUCCUCACCAAAUGAAGAGCACUCUCGGACGGGAGCCAACAAAAUAAGUCUAAAGCCAGGUGGUGUGUCUGUAGAUGUGCAGGCUGCCCCAGGAACUGUAACACCAAAUUACAUCAAUGAACCAGGAGGCAUGAAGAAAGUCAUAAGAACCCCAGAGGGAAAAACAAAAACAGAAGACCUAACUGGCCUCAGAGUGCCUAUGGCAACUCCAACAUCAAUGGCAGAACUGAAAGUAGACAAAGAAAACAAAGUGGCAGAGUCUGCUGUGGAUGAUGCAAAUUCUGUUCAGGAAAAUCUUGGGACAACCCCAAAGGAAACUGAAAUCCAAAAGAAGCUGAUGAGGACAGCAGAGCAGCAAACUGAGGCAGAGGAUCUCCCCAAGCAGCUCAUGAAGACUCCUAAACUAAAAUGUGGCUCCGUGGAGCAUCUGACAACAGUGGUCAAGAGACCGAUGAGAACUCCUAAGGACAAAUUGGAAGUAGGGGAGGAGGAGGUGGGUGGCAAUGAAAGAUCAAUGAUGAGUUCGCCUAAGGAAAAAAGCAACCAAAAUAUGAACAUUAGGCCACCUCUUAGGCAGAAAGGGCCAUCUGAAGAUCUGGUAGGCCUCAAAUAUAACAGAAAUCAACCUGCGCAUAUUCAAAAGAAAAACACAGAAGAGCAGGCAUGCCUCAAAGAGCUUAGGAUGACUAUUCCAAAACCAACUGAACUAUGUAAGACAGAGAAAGAGGGGAAGAAACUUAAAGAUGCAAGUCCCAAUAUAGGGAUGAUGACUUCAAAAACUAGAGGCAAAAUAGAGGAAAAAAAGAAACUGCAGAAGAGCUUCCCAGAGAAAUUUUUGCCAUCAAGAUCACAUAAAAAGGAAGAGAGUAUAUGUAUGGAGUGUCUAGGGAAGAGUCUCCUGGAGAAGAAAGCCAAGGAGAGUCCGUGUCACAGGUCUUCACCAUCUAGAAGUAGGGGCAUUAGAUUACUCCAUGCUGCCAGGGUGGCACCCGAAACAAAGCUAAAAGAGCCAAAGAAGCCUGUGAAAGUCCAUUAAAUUGGAUUGAAGUCUAGUGGUAAAAAUAAAGAUACAGGACUGAAAGGAUCUAAUCCUGUAUCAACAUCCAGGAACAUAAAUAACAAUGACAAAUGCACAGUUAUUUGCCUGGAUAUCUUUAAAAAUUCGUUGGUACCUGAAGGAAUUUUAUGUUUAACUAGAAACAGAAACAAACAACCUCAAGAAAUUCAUCAGAUACCUAGUCUAAAAAAGAUUGUUGAAAAGCAGCUUCCAAGCCUGGAAAAUAAAGCCCAGGAUAGAGUGCAAGAAUCCUUUAGAAUUGGAAGCCAAAAUGAAACUGACAAAGAGCUCUAUAGUACUCCUUUGCUGAGGGCCAUGGAGAUAGCUUGUGCUGAGAACAAAAAUAGAGGUAUGACUGAAGACCUGUUACAUUUAAGGUCUACCUUGAGAAGCAGACACACUACAGAAUGGAUAGGAUUUAAUCCAUUGUCAAAGGAUAUCUUACCUUAGGGUAAGAUUGGAAAAGCAACUGUCUCCUGAUUUUUCCUGACAAAGAGAAAGCAGAUCUGUAAAGAUCUGCUAAUCUUAGCAAAGAUGACCCCUCCACCACAGCAGGAGAAUCAACCCCAGAAAAAGUCUCAAAUUGGAAGAAAACUUUUUACAAUACUCUUUUGAG